AUGGCCCCUCCAAGAAGAAAACUACUAGCGACAGUAGAGGAAACUUUAGUUGCACCGGAUUCAUUGACGGAUAGUCAGAAAAUCGCCAAAGUGGUCAGGGCCACGGGAAAUAAUAUCUACUCUGUAGAGCUACCCUCUAAAGAGAGCAUAUUAGUAGAGCUGGCGGCAAAAUUUCGUUCGACGAUCUGGGUCAAGCGGGGCUCCUAUGUGCUUGUCGACAUGGAUGCGCUUGAGGAGAGGGGGAACAAAUUGUCUGGGGAAAUCAUAAACAUUGUCAGAGAUGAAAAGGCAUGGCGGAAAGCGUCUUAUUGGCCAAAGGAAUUUGCAAAGCCCUCGAGGGAGGAUGAUGAAGAUUCAAUUGCGGGCAAGUUGCCGCCUUCAGAUGAUGAUGAUGAUCAGGACUAG